CGAUAAGUCUUGGCAUGAGGUUAAUAUCCUGAAUUCGAUAUGUUAGUAAGUGCAAAAGGUUUCCUAUAGAGAUGCGACAGGUUCAUAUUAUUCUACCUCAGGAAAGGAAGUUUGGGUCAUUUCUCGUGCCUGUCGGCGAAAAUUGCCGUUCUGGCACAAUAGCGGGGGAGGGGCAGAAUUCGUGGGAUAUUGUAACGCCGGCCCAAGAACAAGCGAAAGCAGGAAUCGACUUACGUUCGGGAAAUGGAAUACGUCUGAGUGGUUAACCGCCCUAGAGCUAGGUACAUGACUGCAAUGUAUAGGCUCUUGUGGGUUGUUUAGGCGGCAUAUGGAACGAGACGGCUUGGCAAUACACUGCCCCGAAUGGCGGAACGAAGUCACUUGCAUGCAUGUGUCGAACGCAGCUUUUCGUGAGCCGAUCAAGACCGGGGAGAACUUUUAUACUUUUCUCUGUACUGACAGUCGUCUACUGCUUGUUGAAACACUACACGCUCGUGUUGAUCUUAGACCAUCCUCAUACUCAAUUGCAUCUCAAAAUGGCCAACUUAUUCUCCCUCGAAGGACAAACAGCGCUCGUGACUGGCGGCACCCGUGGUAUUGGUGCCGCUUGCGCGAUUGCCCUGGCCGAAGCCGGUGCAGAUAUUCUGUUGGUUCAAAGGAACACAAAUGUGACGGAUACGCAAAGACAGAUCGAGGCCUUGGGCCGCAAAGUCUCGGUCUAUACAGCAGACCUGAGCUCACCCGAAGAAGUGAAAAACGUGGUGCCCAAAGUACUGGCCGAUGGCCACCAAAUCCGAAUUCUCAUCAACUGCGCCGGUAUUCAGAUCAGACAUGCCUGCGAAGUGUUUCCCGAUGAGGACUUCAACAAAGUCCUGCAAGUUAACCUCAACUCUGUCUUCACCCUCUGCCGCGACGUUGGUGCACACCUGCUGCAGCUCGAGCCUUCACCGGUGACCGGUCGACGUGGCAGCAUAAUCAACUUCGCCUCUCUGCUCACAUUUCAGGGUGGUCUGAACGUGCCCGCUUAUGCAGCAUCCAAGGGCGCUGUAGGCCAACUGGCCAAGAGUAUGGCGAACCAGUGGUCUGACAAGGGCAUCACAGUCAAUUGUAUUGCGCCGGGCUAUAUCGAGACUGAGAUGAACACUGCUCUACUCAACGAUCCGAAGCGACUUGCCAGUAUCAGCGAGCGUAUUCCCGCGGGGCGGUGGGGCAGCCCGGAUGAUUUCAAGGGCAGCGUGGUUUACCUUUCGAGUCGCGCCAGUGGCUAUGUUACAGGUCAUACGUUAAUAGUUGACGGUGGCUGGAUGGGACGGUAAAUUGCCUGGCUUGCAGACACUAAGGGAGGAAGGAAGGAAGGACAAAAGGCAGAAAGAAAGAAAGAAAGAAUACCCCCAAGAGAUUUGUAAGAGACUAUCAGAUCGCAGAUAAUGGUCAUAUAGACAGGGGAGGGCGCUCUCAGGUGUAUUGAGAUUAUUGAACAUUUGUUUCAACUACUA